AAAGUGAACAAGAUACUAAUCUAGAUGAGCUAGAUAUACCAAAAACGGAGACACAGCUUCCACAACCUAUUGUAGGAGAAAACCCACAGCAUGAACAAGAUACAUCAGGAGAGAAAAUUUCCGACGACCAUAAUAUGUAAGUAUGAUACAGUGAAAGAGAAAAUACCGUACAAAAAGUGUUGCGAUUGAGAAUCAUCGUUUUGGUUUUCCACUAAAAGAAAAGUUGAUAUUUUUCGGAGCAAAUCGGUCGGUAGCGUGAAAUAAUGAUGAAAUGAAAAGUCAAAACCAAAGUACUUGACACUAAAUCUGACAAGCAAAUGCGUUGCCGUACCGUAUCAUGUUAUUUUUAGCCAGAAAACUGGAAUCAGAAUUCAGUGAUAACCCACGAUGUCUUUUCCAAAGAAAUGUAAUAGUUGGCAUUUCUGAUGCCGUAUGUUAUGACACCCAAUCGCUGCAAAGCCGUCUUUUGAGCACUCCAGUCAACGUGUUUUUGAAUUUAUUUUCAUAUUUUCUCGUGGGCGUAUAAUUCUGUGUUUUCUAUUUCGGACAGAGCAGACAUACUGAGUCAAUUCGUACGAUUGCUUUAUUUAGCACGAACAUAUUGCUCGAUUGUUAAUUUCCUGGCAUUCAUCAAUUUCUGCUGAAACCAAUACUUCUUUGCGGCAAUGCGUUUUUUGAUUGACGAUGAAUAUACAAUUUCUCAUGUUUUCUCACCACUUGAUUAUCUCACUGAUUAGUUGUUUAUCAACGCCAAGGAAUAUUAUUAAGGUAGGAUACGUCACGGUAAAAACCGUUUAACCGAAAAGAUAUUUUAUCGAAUAAUGAAUUGGCGAAAAGUGUAUCAAAAAGACAAACUGAAAUUGCUAUCUAAUUUUGCGCUUCGUCAUCCUUUAUCAUUAGAUCAAUGCUACGCAAAAACAGUUGCAUUGUCGCAAUCGAUCUAUUUAAUGAAUGAAAAUCAUUAAUGUGUCGCAACUUGUGAAAUUUUCUUAUUUUGUAUCGGCUGAUGAUAAUGAUAAGAGACAGUGCAGGAUAGUGAGAAAUAGAAAUAGAUUUAUAUAUAACUGUUAGGCAACAAGUCAUUCACAUCCAACGAAUAAUAUGUUAUAAUUUGCAGUGUGUGGGAUUGACAUAGCGAAAUUCAUUUUGAUUACUUCCUUUCAUAGAUCGAUUACCAACAAGCAACUGGUUUCAGUUGAGUUAAGCCGUUCAUGCAAAAAUUGUCAGCGGCGAGCGAAAUAAAUUCAUUUUACCGAAAAAGGAAUAUUUAAUCAUUGAAAGUGAAAAGAAGCUUGUCAACAGAAACUGGUUUGGCAUAAAAUUCGCUUCGAAUGCAGCCGGCACUUUUCUAUUGAGCGCAUUUGUGAAAUAAAACACAGUCGGUUCGCCUAUACGCUACUUUCCAAGCCAAGUGUUCCAAUCUAUUUAAAUUGAAAAGUACAAGCGACACACAAUGAAGAGUCGCGAACUUACGAAAGAGAACACAACAAAUGAACGGUAGUCGUAUGUCCGCUUUACAUAUACAUACGAACGCCCCGUUUUAUUAUCAGAACAUGUGAAUGACUCGUCAUAGGCCGCGUCAGCGAAAAUGCUUCUGAAACGAAAUUCAUCGUCGUGUUUCUUUUUAUCUUAAGUGAACGGCGUAAACGAAACAUAUGAACACAUUUUUUAUUUCUAUAACACCGAAUUCUUUCAUGGCACAGCGACACUCAGAGUAGUUGUUGUUGAUUUUACAAAGGAAUCGGUUGUGUUUGUUUCUGUGAGAAAUCAAACAAACGAUUAGAAUUAAAUUCCGGUUAAUAUUUUUGAAAAGUUUCGGAACAUACGCGAACGUACAUAUUACAAGUUCAUCAGAUAAAAUCAUCGUCGCAAUACUUGGCGCUCUCAUGAUUAUUUGUCAUGCGUCGAGAAGAAUUACGUUUUACGCUAUUAAUCGCGGUUUAAAUGAUCGUUUCGUUUAGAAUGUGAUAACAUAAAUGUAUUGCCUUUAUAUUUAGCGUGUGUUAACGUCACAAGUUGAAUGAUUCGAAGUGUUAAUUACGAGUAAACAAUGUAAAUUUUUGCUUAAUUAAUGAAAAAUUUAUGCGCAAAGGGAAAGAAAUUCAGAAAAACAGAUACAGAGAUGACAAUGUAUGCUUCGACGUUCUGCUAGUAAAUAAAACCAUACCAAAAUAUCACGAGAAGCAUAUAUUCCAAAAAUAUACAUGUGAUUAGUGCCAGUAAAAUGCAUUUUUGGUUUUUUCUUCCUUCUUUUUUGUGAAUAAAUGAUACCAAUGUGCUACUGCUGUGUUCUGAUUCUCCGCCAUUUAUAACUUAUAUUCCCCGCGACUUACAAAGCAACUCCAAAUCAGUAUUUAUUUAUACACUACUAUCUUUCGAAAUAGUAUAACAAAAACUAAUUAAUUCACUGAUAUUAUGUAUGAAAGCAGAGAAAAACACAUGAACUGUAAUAUGCUGCUUUAUCAAAUGCGUUAAGUGUGCGUAAAGGCCGGAGUAUAAUUCGGUUCUUCUUUGAGUUCACGUAUUGUCAACUAGCGAACAACAAGAACAUACAAAUGAUUUUGUGAUCCCAGGUCAAGCGAGUGCACAGUGCACACACUGCAUAUGUGAUUGAAGAACCACCAUAAUGCAUUUAUAUUAUUUAUUACCCGCAGUGUCAUUCAUUUUUUACUUAUCCAUUUUGUAUGACCCAUCCGAUGAAUGGCUCAAUAUUUUCGACAACUGUCAUAUCAUUCUGUCAUAUCAUUCGACCUGCGUUUAAAUAAUGUUACAAUUAGUUUAAAAACAUUUUACUUGAAGAAAAAUCUUGGACCAAUUAAGUUUGCCGUUUUGUUUUCACCAACUAAAAUUCACAAUCUUGCUAAGCUUAUGAUAUGAUUUAAUGAUUUUUUUACAAUUAUUUCGUAUGAACUAAUUGUUUUUCAUAAGGUGAUUGGUUGUGGGUGAAUUCGUAUUAUUUCAAUACUCCAAUGAAACAGUAUGGAGAAAUAAAUGGAUUUGAAACAACACUCUAAAUGGCAAUUAGUUCAUACGAAAUAAUUAUAAAAAAAUCAUAAAAAUUGCUGUCCGGCAAAAUGACAGCGUUUACUACGGUUCACAGCAUCUUCGAAAAAUGCGUGAGUUGUAGUAAAAAACCCGAAUGAAACCAGUGACGAAAUAAGUCACUUCAUUGACCAAAAACAAAAAACAGUUGCUAGCGCUCUGUUCAACUCGAAAAAUGACGUGGCAAAAGAACGGGCGGCGAUAGCUUAGCGGUUAGAGAAGUGGACCGGCAAUCCAAAGACCUGUGGUUCGAAUCCGCAGUCGCCUCAAAAUCUUUUCUUUAAAAUAAAGAAAUGAUUUAACUCGUUCGCCUGCCUAGUCAUUUAGAGUGUUGUUUCAAAUCGAUUUUCAUUGAUUUACAAAAUGGUUGAAAGCCGUUCUCAAUACUGUUUCAUUGGAGUAUUGAAAUAAUACAAUAUGAUUUAAAAUGAAAGUACAUACAUCGUAACACAGUGAAUUCCAAGCGCUACUUUAUUACUAAAUGCUGCAAUACAUGCAACAAUAAAAUUGAUUUAAUGGUUUUUGAUCAAAACAUUGCGAUAACAAAAUGGAGAAAACUUAAUUUACUCUCGUAUUAUUUUUUUUGCUGUAUUCAUCGUGUAAAGUGAAAAAAAUGAGUUUCAAAUCGAUAAAAUGAAAAAUCAAUUGAACAUUAAAAAUGUUUUCUAAACUUUCGCAAUUAAAAAAUUCUCUUCUUUUUUUCUUGGUAUUAAUUUGAAUUAUUGAAACCAUUUGAAAUGGUACGUUCUCAAAAUUGUGAUUUUUUUCUUAUUUCGAUCACUUAUUCUGACUGCUUACUGUAUACAAUAUACAUUAUUUAAAUUAUUUGAUUCCUUGAAUCACGAUGCCAUUUGACAGAAUCAGUUGAACCUUUCGACGAAAUGUAAAAAAAAAAAUUAAUGAACUGUCAAGGCCAUAAUCUAAACAGUCGCAUUAGGGCACAAUGUUCCGUUGAAUUUAUAUUUUUUUAUCUGUGUUGAUGAUAGCUGAGGCUGACACAAUUUGUCAUAUAUGACAAAAAUUUAGGUGCAAAACGACCCACAGUCUAAGGAGUCCAAGGAACUUACCAUUUGAUCGUAGUCUCUUUUGAUAAUCGGUAAUCAAGUUGCUGAUAAAAUCAAAUUGUCGUCGUGUGCUUAAUGUAUCAGACGGUAUGACUUGCAAAUGCAACUACCACAUAUGAUAAUACUCGAAUAAAAUGAAUAAUUUACAUUGCCUGCGAUAAAAUUUAAGCAAACAAAUGCGCAUGUAAGCUGAUUGCCUAGCAACCCAUGAAGUUUAUUUAAUUUUCAGGUUCACUUUGUCACAAGCAUUAAGUUAAAGUUUGAACAACGAAUCCAAUAAUUAAGUUUGAUCUUUAAUGUGAUUCGGAGCAGUUACCUACAAUAGCGAAACCAUAGAAAAAAAGAAUAAUCGAGACAAAAAUGGAAGAUAACGUUAUUCAACCGGCUGAAUACGAUAUUUACAUAAACAGUAUAAAAAAGUUUCAAGUAAACGAGAUCGGAACUGGCGAAUGGUUUGAAACGCACGAAUUUCUCAUAAAGUUCAACCAACAAGCAACAAUUGAGGCGUCAACGUUUCGCGAGGAAUUGGUUAAGGAGUUGUUUGUUUUAAAUGAGAAACUUGAAAUUUUGGUACACGAAGCGUAUUGCGUUUUAAUUUGGCGCACGAAAAUUCUACCGAAAUUAGCGGUGAACGAAUGUGACACGAAUUCAACAUUCAUUCUCUAUUCGGUACUUUAUCAUGAGGCUGUCGCGAUAUCGUUGCUGGAGAUAUUAUUGUAUCAUGAAAAUGGAUGCCAGGCGCUCGGCGACACUGCAAUCGAUUUAAUCGAUUACUGCGCACAAGCGAUCGUUCAGCUUAUCGCAUUAACUCAUUUAAAACAUGUGCAAGAAAAUGUUGAUCCGAAGAAAGUGAACACAGAAAAUGCUAGCGAAGAAUUGGAACGACAAAAGGAAGAUCUAUUGUAUAAGAUUGGCCUACGUUGUUUAACAAUUCUAAGUUUUAUCGCCGACAAAAUUGACACAAUGCCAAUCAGCAUAGUAAGACGUAUGGUGGUGACACAUGACGUUCCGUGUUUGUUGAGCGAAGUUUUGAAUGCACAACCAUGGAUACGCAAUGUAAACGGCGUAGAAAAAUAUAUCGAUGACAAAUGGAUUUCAAUCAAUGAUAUCGAUGUGGUCAAAGUAACCAAAGUCGAAGCUCACGUCUGGUUCUGUUUACGACAACUUUUAUUCAGUAAAGAAGCAAUGAGUUUCUAUGAAAUCAACCAAUUUCGCCAGAGGGAGAUUUCCAAAUGUCAAGAAUUCCUAAGCGUAAAUUUACUGGACCAAUUGCCACCGUUGGCCGACUUAAAGCAUCGACUGUGUACGCUAUCGCUGGGUGAUUCAAGUGUUAGAUCUGCCAAUAUAAUCUUAGAAGAAAUACCAGAGAUCAAAAAUCAAAUUUUAAUCAAUGCAAAAAAUGUCGGCUACAAGCAAAUAGUUGAGAAUCACAUUGAACGAUUCUUCAAAUUGGACGCAUCAGAGCUGGUCAAUAUUGCAAAACGCCUAAGCGACACGUACAACAUUGAACUGUUCGAGAAAUUGGACGAACAAACACGAAAAAAACAAAGCGAUGAGCAUUAUUGCGCCGAAUGUUGUGUCAUGGCAUUUAAAAAAUGUUCGAAUUGUCAACGAUCAUAUUAUUGUUCCAGAGAAUGCCAAAUUAAAAACUGGCCCAUUCACAAAAAAAUCUGCCGAACAAAAUAAGGAAAUUUCAGUGAAUAAUUUGAUGUAUAUAUUAGUAGCCUCGCUUAUGUUAAUGACAUUGACGAACCCGAAAUAUAAAAUGCUAAGUCAAAGUCACGCGAUCUCUUGAUAAAUAUGUGUUAGAGCGAAGGUCUCUUAUCGGAUCGUAAUAAUAAUGAUAAUAUGGCGGCUUUAUUAGAAAAAACUAAAGUUACCAUAUACGAUGAUAACACGUAUCGUGAUUAAUUCUCGAAAAAUACGGAUUGCGCGAUAAACAUUUGUGAAAUAGAUAUUCAUUUGUAUUGUUUCGGAAUAAAUAUUUACAAGACAUACAUGCAUCUCAUCGACAAAUGCUUUCGAAAAAAGUCUUUCAAAAUGAAAACAAUCACCGUAUUACUUUCAAUAUGUUGGACAUUGUGGUUUUCCCACAUAUUUGCCAUAUCAGCUUGGCUUAAUCGAACUCCAAACUUUCCGGCAUCUGUAUCAAUUUCCGUGGAAGAUGCGUCCAAAGAUAUUUUAGUGGGAGAUAUCGAAAAUGUUAUAGCAGACGACAAAAAUGAUUCCAGCGUGUUACAAAAUUCAAGUGUUCCACUGACAACAUCCAGCAACGAGGAUGAGUUGAUGCGGCAAAUUGAAUCACCAAUUGAAGGAACAAAAUCAGAUGUCAAUAAAACCGAGUCUGAUGGCGAUAACAGCACCUCAGUGGAGAAAGAUGAAUUGAAUUUGACGGAGGAGAAUCAAAUUCCAGUAUUUUCCGAAUGGGCACAAAAACGAUUGGAAGAAGUGGAAAAAGAGGUGGAACAGGAGGCUGUAAACACUUCAACAAUGAAGAAGAAUGCACCGGCAGCCAAUAAGCAGCCAGUACUUAAAUUGAAAAAUCUAAAAAAUUAUGCAUCGCCAGUUUGCGGGGCCAAAAUUAUUGCGGCAAAUAUCGAAUCAUCGGGCACGAGCUAUGUGCUCACAUCAACGAGAGACGAGUACUUGCUCAGCCCGUGUAAAAGUCGAAUUUGGUUCGUGGUUGAACUGUGUGAGGCCAUUCAAGCUGAACGCAUUGAUUUGGCCAACUAUGAACUCUUCUCGUCAUCACCCAAAAACUUUUCGGUUGCAGUGAGCAGUAGAUUUCCAACGCGGGAUUGGUCCAAUGUCGGGCGAUUUGUGGCCAAAGAUGAGAGAUAUAUUCAAAGCUUUGACUUGUUUCCACAUCUUUUUGGCAAGUAUGUGAGAGUUGAUGUUCACUCUCACUACAAUUCCGAGCACUUUUGUCCAAUUUCGUUGUUUCGUGUUUAUGGCACAUCGGAAUUCGAAGCAUUCGAAACGGAAAACCGACAACAUCCAAUCGAUGACAUAGACGAUGAUGACGAGGAUGAUCAGGAGUCAGAUGCCAACAAAAGUAAAACGAACAUAUUUAAAUCUGCCAGCGAUGCUGUUAUGUCAAUCGUUGACACCGUUAAAAAGGCGGCAUCUUUUGUGAAACCAAAUGGAAACAAAACCACCGAUAAUGAUUCACAGCAUGCUUCGAAUCAGAAUCUAUCGAAUGACAACUGCAUAUCACCGAAUCACGCAAUCUACUGCGAAAAUUGUUCGGAUGGCAUGACACGUGAAGUGACGGCGCUAAUUGAAUGCAAACAAAAUCUGUUGAAGCGGCUAUUGGACAUUAGCAUAAUUAGAAAUAGUUUAUACAAAUCACAAAUUUGUAACACAUUAAUUGGUUUGGAUUUAAAUAUAAAUUGUAGUGAACCAAUAGACAUCAAUAGCACGACUUCAAAACAAUUGAUCGAUUUGCAAAUGGAGUAUAUCAUCCAUUUGUUCUCUAAUAAAUACAUCGCGGCGAUGUGCAAUUUACUGGCAGCAAAUGACAGAAAAAAUGCAUGGAAUUCUACGAUACCGCUUAGCUCUGAUCCACCAAUCAACAUUACAAUCGAUCGAAAGGCUAGCGAUCCAAUUUUACAGGGUGAGCACGCAAUCAAGGCAAUGCCACCAGCUCUAGAAUCUGAGCAGACUGAUCAAGUGAUCAAAAGUUCAUCACAAGAAGACAAUGCGGAGAACAAAUCGCCACCAGAGCACCAGUCUUCAAGUGGCUCCCCUGCCGAUAGCUCAGAGAACAUGAGCCAAGAAACUCAAGAACCGAAUGAAAAUAUUGUUGAAAAUAGUGAGAAGGAAGUGGUGGAGAUAACAACACCGUUGCCAACUGUUGAAAGCAGUGAAGAGAUCAUCGACAAAGGACAGAACAUAUUCAACGUCGUUGAUUCUGCUGAAGCAAGCACCGAGUCUCAAACUAUAAUGGCUGAAAGUUCAUCCACAGAACCAACGAAAACCGUGGGCACUGAACAAGAAACACCACCUUCCGUUAUAAUACUUCCGGAAACUACAACUCCCACACCCAAUGAUUUGAAUGACGCCAGCGAAGAGCAAGCAGCAAACGGAUGGACAAAUGCACCGCAAUUCGGCCAGAAAUUGCACAGCGAAAGUGUAUUUUUACGGCUAUCGAAUCGUGUAAAGGCUUUAGAGAGAAAUAUGUCACUAUCGGGUCAGUACUUAGAAGAGCUGAGCCGUCGUUACAAGAAGCAAGUAGAAGAGCUGCAAAUGUCGUUCGCAAAAACAUUGGUCAACAUUGAAGAGCAAAGUCGACGAAAUUUAGAGCGUAAAGAAGAACUGUUCGAGCAAAACCAAAAACUUCGCAACGAUUUGGAAAUUUUAACCGAGCGAAUUUUCUCAUGGCGAAACAUAAUAAUAUGUGGUGCAUGUUUCACUUGUGUACAACUUCUGAUAUUUCAUUUGAUAUUAAAAAUUUGGGGUCAGAAAUAUGGGCUGGGUCGCAAUGGAUCAAACGAAGUGAGUGCAGAGGUUCAAUCCAGCAAUGAAACACUCACGAGGAAGCGUAAAUCCGGUAAUGUUCCGAUGAAAUUUCGACGAAAAUCGGCUGAAGAAAAACGUGAACGAACUCUAUCCGAGUCAUCGUCGUCCGCACUACAGCGCCGACCUAGCACCGAAGCGCUCAACAUCACUGGAACCUAUACCGAAUUGCUGAUUGAUGACACCGCUUCUACGGAUGUUGAUUAUCAAAUUGCAGAGAAAAAUCCUCAACACAACAAAAGCACCUCAAGCGAAAGUCAUGAUUUAAGUGGAUAUGUGAAAAUUGAGGAUCUGAAAGACCUGUACGAUAAGCCAGGCGAGGAGGAAUAUGAGUUCUAUGGCCCUGUACAGGAGCAGAAAUAUAAUCAGUCCGGUUCACAGCAAAUUGAUGAUUGUGGUGGUAACGGUGGUGGAAGUGAAACCACGAUGAAUUCAUCACUUGAUAGUGUCACAUCACAUCCAAAGAAAUCAAAAGCCCUCAAGAAUAAAAACCGAAAUCGAAGACUUUCAUCGCCAUUGUUUUUUAAGUCACCCUUUUCAAGCGGGUCUGCUCCUCAAUCAACUGGAUGGGAGUGGCAUCGAUCGAAAAAGCCACAGAACUCUAGUCAAACCAAUAAGAAAUCCAAAUCGGAAAGUCCACCAUCGCUCAAACAAAAUGGUAUCAACAAUAACAACAAUUCCACACCAACCACAAAUAGUAGUAAUCAAAAUAGUGCGAGGAACGAUACAACACGAUCGUCAAUCAGUUCAUCAAUCGAUGAUCGAAAAUCAUCGGGUAGUUUCAAACGAAUUUUGAAGAAAAUGUUUUAGGCAAUUUCAUAGAAAAUGUGUGCAUGUAAAACGUGUAUGUGCACGUACACGUACAUCCAUCUCGCUCCACAUAUAGACUGCAUUAGAUGUGUUAACUUAGAGAUGUAAGAUUUUUUUUUUGUGAAUGUACCACACAUUGUUUUCUAGAAAACAUCCAUAAACUGUUAUGAUAGAAUGUGGUUUAUACUACACACUUGUUGUAAUGUUCCGUUAUCAUUUUAGUGUUUUUAAAAGCGGAAAACUUAAAUCGAGACCCCUAUUUUAGAACGAGCGAGAGUGGAGAACAAUCACGCAAAAGGAAACAUUCGAUAAAAAUUUUGUUCCAAAAAAAAGUUAUUGUAAACACAUAACACUUAAUUUAUUGAUAUAGAUCUUAAGCAACAAAUAGUAGUGUUUUAAUAAAAAUUUAAAACAAAA